GGGUGCAUGCAGAAUUGAGAUGACCAAUGGAUGUAGACUUAAUUUCAUUUUCCUAUUAAUUACAUAUAAUUAGUUUUACUUAUUUCAUUUUAUUCACUUUAAAACAUAAUGUACUGCAUUUUGUCACCAUUCAGCUAAUUAGUUGCAUAACAGAGAGAAAUAGGAAGAUAAAAGAGGAGAGGUAGUAUGAUUAUAAACUAUUGUUUUUUUUUAUUUAUAAUUAUCUCAUUCAAUUUCCCAAUCUUUUUUCUACUGAACAAGUUUGGAUUAAAAAAAAGGGGCUGUUUGCCAAAUAACGAAAAAAAGUACUUUGCGCGGUUCGUGGGCUCGGGAUCAUAGGCCUGUUGUAUUAAAAUAAAAGAGAAAAUGGGUUUAAACCCGUGAACCGGCUCUUCCGCGUGAGCCCGUAUGAUACGGGUUCAUGACACGCGUCGACGAGGGAGAGGCUACGCGAGCUCGCGUGUUGAGUGAGAAAAAAAGGGUUUCGCGUUGGAUAUCUCAUUUUCCCUUCUCUCUUCGUUACCUAGGGUUUCUCCGUCUCUGAGGCGAUUCUCUGUGCGACUCGAUACCCGUCGAUUUUGUCGAUCAAAUCACCGUCGGAAUCACUCGUAGAAAGAUCUGAGAUGGAUCCCGUAACAGAGAUAAGAGAGACUAAGAGAAAAAAGGAGUACAUCAAUAUGCUCGCAAACGUGGUUGAUUCAGAAACAGGGAUUCCGACGAGGUGUCCCUGUGGUGGGAGAAUAAUUCACGAGGUUCGUGGGAAGGACGACUACGACACUCUUCCUGGGAAGAGGUUCUUCACCUGCAAGAACUACGAGGUAAUACACCGCUUGUUCUCCUUAUAUUUUUUGUCAUUUUGUUUCUUUGUUGAUACAAGUAUUAACCGAGAAUGUGAUUGUUUUUUUGGUUGUUACCAAGGCUGAUGGGUUGCAUUAUCGUCAGCCUUGGGUCAUUGGCGUGGAGGAGCAUAUCGAACGCCUCACUAGGCGUGUGGAGGAGGUGGAGGUGCUGAUCAAGUUUGUGCCGGAGGUGAAUUAUAAGAUUCAGAGACUCGAGGUAACAUGAGUUCUGGAAUUUUGCUUUUUAUUUAGUUAUAAUUUUCUAAAAUUUUUUAACACUUACUAACACUAUCUGAUUGUCAUUUCCUUGUACAGGGAGAGGUUCAAGCCCUCACUCGGGAGGUAGAUAGCCUCACUGGGCAGUUUUAUAACCUGUCUGUGCAGGUGGCGGACUUGGAGAAGCUCUGCUUCGACUGAGAGAAAAGGUAACGCUGAACCUCCUUAACCAGACUUGAAGUAGAACUGAAGUAGGUUGAGUAAUGAAUGUUUUAGGUUGCUGUAGUAGGUUAGAGUAGCAGUUGCGUAAUGAAUGUUUUAAUAUGGUUGUGUUGAGUAAUUAAUAAAUUUUAAUAACUGAUUUGAUGUUUAUUGAAUGGUCUCUGUGAAGUAGUAGUUGUGUAGUUAAGUGUAAUCAAUUUUAGGUGUUUAAUUCUUUGUACUUUAAACCAAAAAACUAGUUUAAAAACAUAGGAAAUCGACAUCUGAAAAACACAAACCAAAAACUUAAAACUGAAAACUUAAAACCAAAAUGGAUCCUUUUCCCUUAAACUCUCCCGGGUUUGUGAACCUUCUUACUUCUCAGAGCUGUCCUCCAAUAGAUUUAGGACGUUCUGAGGUUCCAAAAGCUCCGGAAAGGCGGAAGUGGAGCACGAAAGAAGACUUGGUGCUGAUCAGUGCUUGGUUGAACACCAGCAAGGAUCCAAUCAUUAGCAAUGAGCAGAAGGUGGCCCAUUUUUGGAAGCGCAUAGAGGAGUAUGUGAACGCAAGCCCUCUGCUCGUUGGCUCUCUCCCUAGGGAGUGGAGUCAAUGUAAGCAGAGGUGGGGAAGGGUAAACGAACAAGUCUGCAAGUUUGUGGGUUGUCAUGAAGCUGCUUUGAAACAGCAUGCGAGUGGUGAAAAUGAGAAUGAUAUCAUGAAGGUGGCCCAUGACAUCUUUUCUAAUGACUACAAUGCAAAGUUCUCCCUUGAACAUUGUUGGAGGGAGCUCCGUUUUGAUCAAAAAUGGAGAUCACACUCUUCCUCGCGUGAUGGUGCAAAGGAGAAAAGGAAGGAGCCAGGAGAGGAGGUAGCUGGCGAGGAAGAAGUCAGGCCUCCGAGUGUGAAGGCUAGCAAAGCAGCCAAACGGAAGAAGCACGUCAAUGAAGCCGCCUUUGAUCAGAUUGAGAGCAUUUUAGCGGAGAAAAAGAACAUCUCCCGCCAGAAACUCCUUGAUAGGUUACUAGCAAAGAAUUCAGAUACACUUUCUGAUCAAGAAAUGGCUCUAAAAAACAAACUCAUAUCUGAAAUGCUUUAACUUGGUGAGUGGAAUUAAUUUUAUGAGUUUAAUCUUCUUAAAACUUUUUUUAAUUAGUUAAUGAGUUUGUCUUUCUAGAAUUAGUUAAUGACUUUGCCUUGCUUUCUUUUGUCUUGCUUUGUAUAUGUUUUAAUAAAGUAAACUGAUAAAGUGUGUAUAUGCUUUUCAUUGCAGGUCACGGGUUCCUGGAGGAGGAUGUGUGUGGACGUGGAUGGUUGUAGGUCUCGCUUGCUUUAUGUAUGAUGGUAAUGUUGUUGCUUGUACUAGUAGGUUAUGUCACGGGAGAGUGUAGUAUUUUGUUAGUUUCUACACUCAGUUUAGGACCUUCGGAUAUUAUGGGUGUAUGUACCCUUCAGAUAUGUAUGAUAGUCACGGGUGUAUGUACCCAAGACUUGCCUUUUCUACUCACGGGUGGUAUUUACCCGAGCUACUUGCUUCAUGUCUCUCAAUAUAUAAAAACUAUGUCUUUAAGUUGUUUCAAGCAUAUAUUUACAUAGGAUUUUCAAAAAAAAAAUUCUUCGAUUUAUGUCAUAUUUGAACUGGCUCAACUCAAAACGAGAAAAAAAUAUGUUAAUUUAUAGUGUUUAUUAAUUUAUUGAGUAUUAAUUUAUAGAGUUUCUAAUGUAUAUGCAACAUAUGAAUUGAAUGCACAUCUAACUAUAGAAACGAACAAAAAUUAUGUAUAAUUUUAUACACAUGAUAAUUCAAUAUUCCAGCCAAUAAACUUGCAAUUAUCUAUCUAUCUAUCUAUAUAUAUAAAGAAGAGUUUUUUUUCACUCCUAGGCCAUCCACAUCAGAUUCCAUGUCACUAAGUCGGAGUCUAUGGUGGCGACACAUGUCACAGUCAAUCAAAAUUUAAUGUUUCAUUUAUUCUUGAGUUUAGUGGAAUUUUGU